AUGGGCUCCGUCUGGGGCCUGGCUGUGGCCCUCCUUGUCUUCUGCUGGAAGGCUGGAGUCAGAGGGAGCUCUCCAGGCCUCCCCAUUAGCAGAUCAGUUCCUUUGGGGACAACCAACAACACGGAAGUGCCGGCCUUUACUCAAAGGGACAGGCCCAGCUCAGAGAGAGCUUUCCAGACCACCAGCCUGACUCAGUGUGUUCCUCUAGACACUCACACUCUCAGCACUGAAACUGCUUCUAGCGCCUUAAUUGCAACCAGUAUCAAUUCCAGGGACACCCAGACCACCUCUUUUGUAACCAAGACCAGGAAGACGUACACUACCACUUCUGCAGCCUCAUCCCCGGAGACCCAGACCACCUCUCCUAAUGUGUCAGCCCUAAAUAUUCAGACUAUCUCCCCUGCAGCAUCAUCUCUAACCACUUCCCCUGCACCAUCAUCUCUAACCACUUCCCCUCCCCCAUCAUCUCUAACCACUUCCCCUGCACCAUCAUCUCUAACCACUUCCCCUCCCCCAUCAUCUCUAACCACUUCCCCUGCACCAUCAUCUCUAACCACUUCCCCUCCCCCAUCAUCUCUAACCACUUCCCCUGCACCAUCGUCUCUAACCACUUCAACCACUUCCCCUCCCCCAUCAUCUCUAACCACUUCCCCUGCACCAUCAUCCCUGGAGACCCAGACCACCUCGCCUGUCGAACUGACCCUAAAGACCCAGACCAUCUCCUCUGUAACAGAGAGCAGAACUGUUUCAAUAAGAAUACCUGCCGACUCCACGGUUGUGCGCACCAUCCCUACAGAGACAUUGGCACCAAAUGGCAGCCCCAGGACUGGGAUGAGCACUGUCCAAACUGGCCCAGCGCAGGUCCCCAUAGAAGCCAUCUUUGACACCCUUUGUACUGAUGACAGCUCUGAAGAGGCAAGGAAGUUCACAAUUGACCUCCUGACUUUGGCACGCACCUCCACAGAAGUGGAGCACCUGUCUUCAGAGAGCAGUUCUUCCUCUGACAGCUCAGCUGGGGUCCUCAGCAGCUUAGUCCUGGGACGGGGAAGUGAAAUUCCAGCCAAGGGCUCGGUUGCCUUCAGCGUCACCCAAAUUAAACUUACCACCUGCCUCACAGAAAUAGAAACAACCAUCACCAUCUAUGGGACCCCAGAUGCGACCCUCAGCCCUACAGAAGCGAUGGCAGCCUUGUCCACUGCUGAGAUGUUAACUUUGCCUCCUUCCACUGAGGCAAAACCAGUUAUCUCUGAGACCACGAGCUCAUCUGGCAUCCCGUCAACCACCAGCACCCCGGCCCUUGCCACCACCCUCGAGGGCACAGUCCCCAUUAGUGGAACCACAGAAAGUGGAACAGUAGUGGCCCCGACUCUUACCUCUGUUGGAACUUUGGUGACAGUUCCACUGGAAGACACUUCAGCACUCUCUAUUGAGACACAAAACCACACUGAGAUCUUAGGCACCGUUACAGUCCCCACGGUUGCUGGAUCAACAAUGGGAGAAACAGCCUCCUUCAUGAGUUCCACAGCUCCAGACAGCAGCAGCCUCUCAGCAGUGCUCGCCACCACGAGCUCUGCUACCUCAGAGACUUCAACCUCAGGCAAUGCAACCAACAGCUCCUUCCUCACAGGGAGUCACCCUCCUUUUUUUAUCUAUUCAACUACAGCUAGCACCAGCAAAAAACCAAACAUCACCUUAAACAAGACCACAGCCUCACCAACACCCCCAAUGAAUCCUACAACAUCUGCAUCCACUGCUUGGACAAGAAAAACCACAAAACAUGAUCCAGGUGAAGAUGGAGGCUUGCUCCUUGUACGACUGACCAUGACCUCCCCUGAGGACCUCACUGGGCACAAAGCCAGAGAGAAGCUGAUAUACCAGCUCCGCUAUGAACUGCACACCCACAUGCCACUGGUCCACGUGUCCUUACUGAGCAUCAGGAGGGGAUGAGGAAUGCUAACUGCAACCACGCAUGGCCUCUGUGCCAGAAGAAGAGUGAUACUACCCGUGGCCCGGAUGCUACCAAGAACCACUGUUCUGUGCUGUGGACUCAGAAGGUUCCCAUGAAGGUCAGCUGGCUCCAGGGCCCUCCCCCAUACAUGACCACAAGACCUUGGUCCGCUAAUGCCUGAGUGGAUGUGCGAGGGGAGAGGCUGGCCUGUUUCCAAUGAUGUCCUUCAUUUCCCUCCUCUGACUGGUUAUUGUAUUUCAGUAAGGGAGACCUGAUCACUCACCUGUGCUCUUCUGUUCUGUACAUAAUGACACUCAGUGUGACCUCUGUAUUGACCCCAUGUGCUUUAGAUGUUUUUACUGCGUGGGAAUUUGGGGAGUGAUUUCCUGCCGCCUGGGUGGGUUUGGCAUUUUUACCAAGACUUGCCCUGGAGUCUGUUGAACCUUGAGCUCUGUAUUAGU